AUGGUGGUCUUUGCGCGGCGUUUGCAGCUGCAGGAGCGGCUGUCCCAGCAGUUCGCGGAGGCCCUGGACCAGCUCCUGUCGCCCAAAGCGGUGGCCGUCAGCUUGGAGGCGAACCACUGCUGCAUGAGCCACCGCGGCGCGUCCGUGCCCUCCUCGACGCGGACCCUCGUCUUUCGAGGCAUGCAGAAGGAUGACCCGGACCUCAAGCAGCAGCUCCUGCUGGGCAUCAGCCGAGGGGCCGCGUCCCGGCUGUGA